UUCACUUCAUGUAAAAAUUUUGUAUAAUAAUGUAUAAAAAGAGACUUCGCCUUACUGCUGCUGUCAAAGCCUUUGUAUUAUAGUCCCGUGUAGUGCCACUUUCCGUUUUUUUAUUACGUUAAAAGUUACUUCUUCAAACAAAAUUUUGGUAAUUGAAUUCAACGAAAGGUAAAAAGAAAGUACGUUUAAAAUAUAUUUUACACGUCAAAAUAUGCCUGUUAUACUUGAACCUAGAGCUGUUACAGGUCAAGACGUGGUAGAUAGGUUAAGACCUACACCAGAACAAAGAAUCACACUCAUUAUUAUUGGAGCGUAUGCACUAGCUAUACUCAUUCUAUGGCACUUACCUGUAUUAAAAAUUAUUUUAUAUCCGUUCAAGUUAUUAACAGUUGCUUUACAUGAAUUUUCGCAUGCUGCGGCGGGAUGUUGUACUGGAGCUAAAAUUGAGUCAAUUCAACUCGAUCCCGAUGAAGGAGGUGCAACAAGGAUGAGAGGGGGAAUGUCAUGCUGUACUUUACCAGCUGGGUAUCUUGGGUCAUCUCUUAUAGGAGCAAUAUUUAUAUUUUGCGGGUUUGAUGAUACUGACAAUAGAAUCGUAUUAAAAGUUGCAUCGAUCGUUCUUGGCAUAAUAUUAAUUGCACUUUUAUAUUGGGCAAAAAAUUGGUUAUUAAGAGGGCUUACUAUAUUCUUUGUUGGUGUUAUUGUGUUAUUAUGGUUUAUUGAUAAGGGUGCUGGAUUAAAAUAUUUCGUGUUAUUUGUUGGUGUAAUGUCUUGUCUUUAUUCUCUAUGGGAUAUUAUGGAUGACUUGGUUUUCCGUAAAGUUAAUGAAUCAGAUGCUAGUAAAUUUGCUAAAGAAUGUAAAUGCUGUCCAUCUCAAAUAUGGGGAAUUAUUUGGUUGAUUAUUAGUUUUUUAUUUUUAGGGAUUGGUGUUUUAGCUGGAUUGGUUGUUUUCAAGCAACAUAAUGGACAAACAUGAUUUUUUCA